AGUACCCGAGCAGCUCUCGCCGCGUACGGUUGAUGUUGCCGCUGGUGUUGCGUCGUCCAGUCUUUUGACCGCCACCGUGUGCCGAGAGGCGGUGUGAGUGUGAGCGAGAGAGAGAGAGUGAGAUAGUGAGCAAGACGAAGUGUGAGCGAGCGAGUGGGAGAGUGCACGCCGCGCUAGACCAGCUCCCUCCCGGAUGGCAGGCGUCGAGACGCGCUGCCUGGAGCAGCGGUGAAGACGGUUGAGGGAGAAGUUUUCAUUAUUGUCCAGAACUACCAGCUGCGCUCAGCUGCGCUCAGCUGCGCUGUGUGGUCGUGUUGUGAGCCGCGCGGAGUGUUGGUGCGUCAGUGUGAGAGUUCCGCGCAGCCGUGUGUGUGAGUGUGUUGCCUCUCUGGAUUUACGGUUUCAUUCACCUCUUGGAUUACUCGCCGCUCUGGAGAAACAGAUGACUCGGCGACGCUGUGCUCGUGGCCGGGCGUAGCGCUGCGUCGCGGCGCCUAGAGGAGACGCCGGCAGGAGCAGCGGCGGCAGCAGCAGUGGCAGCCAUGACGCCGGCCGCGCCGCCGCGCCGCCCCCUCCACCGCUGAGCCGCGCGCUCCUAUCGGCACCGCGCGACGCCGAGGCGGGACGCGCCCCGGCCGACGGCUACCUGGCUCAGUGCGCCCCUCACCUCCCCGUGGUGCGGGACCGGCCGGCGACAUGGAGACGGACGUGGGCCAGGACUUCCAGGACUUCUGGGCCGAGUACAAGAUCCUGCAAGACAAGGGCCACGACGAGGAUGACUACGGCAACGGCAGCGAUGACGGUGAACAGGAGGCCGAGUGGUUGGUGUCGGCGGGGCUGGAGCCGCUGACGGCGCCCUUCCGCGCGGGCCGCGAGCUGCCCGACUGCACGCUGGAGCCCGCGCUGCGCCUGCUGCCGCGCCACCAGGCCGAGGCCGUGCGCCGCCGCGUGCGCUCCCUCAACCACACCGUGCGCCAGCGCGGCCGGCGCCGCCAGCGCAAGCCCGACAUCAGGGACGUGUUCCGCGACCGCGACCUCGAGAACUCCAGCACGGGCACGCGCUCCCGCAGCGCCACGCCGGACUCGCUGGACUCGGAGCUGCCGCUCGAGGAUGCCGCCCUGGCGUGGUCCUCGCCGCACAGCUCGCCGCAGGACCGAUCGCCGCCCACGCCACACUCUGUGCACUCCGUGCACUCUGUGCCGCACUGGGCCGCGGGCACCGACCGAGGAUCGCCCCCCACGCCACCACCCAGCUUCGUGCAGCUCUUCCACCCCGUCAACAUGCGCGCGGCGCUCGGCGCCCACAAGGCGGUCCGCAGGCUGCCCAGCGCCCCCGCCGGCGACGUCCUGCCGGUGCACGAGCUGUUCCGCGGUGCCUUCCGCGGCUCCUUCUAUGGCGGGGACAUCGUGGCCUCCGACUGUGCGGAGGGGAUUGAAAUGAUCAACUAUCAGCGAAUUGGAUCCAUGCACUUGUCCAAGCACAGGACUAGAUCUCGGUUACCAGAGUGUGACAGGUCAUCUGAUCACACACUGAGUUCCUCAGCUCCUUGUAGCAAUCAUGAUCUCUCACAUGAUAUUGAAACUAAUCAUAAAAGUAGCUUACAUAAUCGUCUCAUACCCCAUGCAUCAAUAACUCGAAGUCAAAGCAGCGUUUAUGAAAGGGAGAGAGAGGCCCAGCAGGAAUCAAGGCGUACCCGUUCUGGAUCUCAAGGGCACCUAAGCUUUGAAGAAGUUUGCAGACAACGCACACUGGAUUCUUCAAUUAUAACGGGGCCUUCGUCUUUCACUUCUGAAAAACCAGAAAGUGGUAGAACCUGGAUGGAAUUCCUCAGUGAAGCAGAUCAUCAGAAGCUUCAUCCACUCUUACUAUUAGAAGUUACAGCUCUUUUUGAUAGCUGUGGGCUAUCUUUCAGAAAAAGAAAGCCAAGCAAGAGAAAGCGCAAAGAAGAAGGAAAUAUUUUCGGUGUUUCCAUUACCACGUUACUGGAGAGAGAUAGACAGCAGUGCUCAGAGAAUUCAAAAGUGCCCCUCUUUGUGCAAAAGCUUGUCCACCAACUGGAGAAACGAGGGUUGCAAGAAGAGGGUGUUUUGAGAGUUGCUGCACAUCGCCUAAAAGUUGAAACAUUAACAACUCACUUGGAAGAAAGUUUCUACUCUCGACCAGACCAAGUAGAGAAAGUUUUAGAAUCAGCAAGUGUUCAUGAGUUAGCUGCUCUUCUGAAAAAGUGGUUGAGAGACUUGCCACAACCAUUGUUGACUCCAGAAUUAGUUGCUCUAUUUUAUCGUACACAUGAACUACCUGUGCAGCUGAGAGCCAGAGCACUUAAUUUACUAGUUUUGCUUCUUCCUGUUGAAAACCGUGCUACUCUCAGAGUUUUAGUUGACUUUUUAAAUCGAGUUGUAGAGAAUCAGGAAUAUAACAAGAUGUCCUUGCACAAUGUAGCCAUGAUAGCAGCUCCAUCCCUAUUUCCUCCAAGGUAUGUGGAAUCAGCAGCUGCAAGUCAUGGCAACGACAAAGCCUCCCUUAGUUCACAAGUGAGCUUAGCUGCUAUUUGCUGCCAAGUCAGUGAGAGUCUCCUUCAAGCCGGAGAGGGCCUGUGGGUUGUGCCACCAGCUCUUGUGGGACAGGUGCGAAGGUCUAACGAACUAGACCGCCAGCGUCGCCAGGCCAAAGAAAGCAAGCCAAUGAAACGGCUCUUAGGACGUAAGAAUGCAUCAAAUACUCUCUCCAAGGAUCAAAGUCAAAGCAGUCUAGCAACAACUGGUUUGGAUGCAAGUGGUGCUCUUAGAGUAAAUGCCCCCCAGUUUGGUCUCACUGAUUUCCCGGUAGCAGUAAGUGAGAGAACCACAGCUGGUUCAAUUGUGCUAAGCUUGGUUGAAGAAGUUUCAAGGGAUCCUGAUGCUGCAUUAAGUCGACCAUCAGCUGCAAAUCGAUAUGAUAGAAAUCAACGUCGACCAAAUAGCAUAUUUGGUCAGAUUAGUCCCGUGCCUGGGUAUGGUCACAGAGGCAAUGGAGUUUUGCAGCUAGCUCACAAUGCCAAUCUCAGUUGUCUCCUCGCCACUGCCGAUUCAGAGCUUGCCCUAAAAACCCACUUCCUAUAUGAAGUUGGUGGUAAUAUUGGUGAACGGCAACUGGAACAGACAGCAUUAAUUACCACAGUACUACACGAGAAUCCUAAUGCGUCCUGGGCUCUUAGGUGUCAUCACAGGAAUGGCAAUAACCCUUUGUUGGAGACCACACAGUCUAGUUGAUGAAAAUUUAGGAACUGCUAGAAGACCCAUUUCCUGGGGUCUGUUUUGUGAUCCGUGCCUUCAAUUUAGGAAUUAAAUUUUGACAAACUUAGGAUUUAGUAUCAUGUAAAAAUUUCUACACUGUUGUUAAAGCAAAGCUUUUUUACAAUGUAGAUUUUCAUUUUAAUCAAUUCACCUGAAAAAACAUUUGUGCAUAGUUCAUAUGUUUUUCAUCCGAUGGUUUUUAGGCUGCAUGAAUGUUGUAUUGUCAUAUUGAGCAUAUAGCCAUAGGAACUGCUAUAGAUUUUAAGAGUGCAAGUUUCUAGUCUUCUGUGAGUUACGGUGCUAUAAUAAUUCUGUAUCAGAAAGUGUAAGCAUUGGAGGUGAAACAUGUUACUACCAGUAUCUGUGUCAAUAUAGGAACUUGCUCAUCUGAACUAACUGGAUUAAUAUUAAUAUGAUUAUUGGAAACUAUGAAAUCAAUAGAAACUUUUAAAUAAACACCAAAGAAUAUCUCAAA